AUGGCCCUUCUCGUCUCGGCACACCAGCGUGACGACGCUCUGCACCCGGCGCCGACGUGCACGGAGCCCGAGUGUCAUCACUGCACCAAGAAGCCCAAGCUCGACGCGUCCCCGGGCAAAGGUGCCUCCACGACGAGCAAGCCGAGUUGGACAAACACGACGCGAAUGCCUCCACGCCCGUCAAGUCCCGUCCUCAGAGACAGCACCGUGUCUCUCGGGAGGUUUUGGACCGACGACAUUCCGCAGGCGACAAUCGAGAGCGUCGAGAACGAGAUUCGAAGCUGGCGCAACGCCAUCUUACGGGGCGAGACACCCGACUUGUACGAAACCUGUGAUCGAUGGGAGAUCAUCGAUGACGGCGAAGGCGACAGUAGUAGCCGUGACCCAACCUUUCAUGAUUGCGUCGAGUUCCUCUUGGAGGCGAUGCUGAGCCCGAACACAGCGCCAAACGCCGUUGCUAGCUAGCGGUCUACAGAAUGGCCACUUUUCAUCAUUUAUGUAACCGAGUCAUCGUGCCAAAAUUUCAUGCAUGUCGU